AUGCCGUCCUCAUAUGGAACGCACCAGGACUUGGCCGUCGCAAGGUCCGAACUGCUCUAUAAGGUUCCGAGCAACUUAUCUCUGAAGGACGCGAGUGCUAUUUGUAUGGCAGCACAUACAUCGGCGGAUGCCUUGUUCAACGUCAUCGGCCUUGGGUUCCCAGCCGCCGAUGUGACCGGCAUCGAUCCAACGGGGCGUGGAAUUCUCAUCUGGGGUGGUGCCAGUAGCGUCGGCUGUAUGACUAUCCAGAUAGCCAAGGCUGCUGGCUUCCAGCAUAUAUUUACAACUGCAUCACUUAAAAACCACAGUGUCCUUCGACAGUUGGGGGCCACGCACUGUUUCGACUAUCACAGCUCCAGCGUGGUCAACGACAUCCAAACAACACAGAAGGACCUCGGUAUUGAUUUGACUAUGGCCUUCGACACUGUCGGUAAAGGGGCCUCGGGUCAUGGUGUUACAGAUGGUCUCAGCACUCCUGCACUUACAAGGAGCGCAUUGGACUCAAGCGGCUUCUCGAAGGAUAUUUACCUGGUCUGCACACUCCCGGUUCCCGCAGACUCCGCUUUCAAGUUUUGCACAUCUUACAGACCAAACGGUGAUCGAAAUGCUAUCGGAGCGCCCCAAGAUCCGGAGGCACCUAUCCGUAUACACACAAUUAUGGAACAUCUGCUGGCUAGUACGGACGGAGGCUUAAGACUGCCUGUUGUCACAGCUGUGACUGGCGUUGAGGCGGGCAUCGAAGCAAUCCGCCGUGUGGCUGCGGGUGAGGUGAGCAUGGAAAAACUGGUUCUGAAGCAUCCUCUCGAAUAG